AUGGAAUUCCGUGGCUUUCACGGAUGAUGGUUUUGGAGCUUCCGCUGCUUCUGCAGGAAGAGUAACCUUCAACCCGGAAAAGGACGUCCUACAUAUAUCCGGGUCACGUGAUAAGAAACUCAACCACCACAUGCGCGGCGCCAAUUGCUUUCCUUCAAGUGUGUCCGCAGGAUGUCAGACGAUGAGGAAGUAGCUCCGGCCCCGAAGAAAGGCCGUGUUUUCUACGGAAGCCUGGAAGAAAAAGAGCGUGAGCGUUUGAAUGCAGAGACUCUGAGCGGCUUUGUGACAGGAAGUGAUGCCGUCAAGGCGGGAAUUGAGGCGGGAAACAUCAACAUCUCGUCUUACGAAACUCUGGAGCUGGAGGACCAUGUGAACGAGCGACAACAGGAAGCACUUGCAGAGUUUGAGCGGCGGCGGCGAGCGCGACAGAUCACGGUUUCCACAGACGACACUGAAGUCAAGGCGGGACUCAGAGCACUCGGAGAGCCUAUCACCUUGUUUGGAGAGGGGCCCGCCGACCGACGGGAGAGGCUGCGUGGUGUUUUGUCUGUGGUUGGUCCAGACGCUCUGAAGAAGUCCAGGAGAGAUGAAGACCGAGCCAAGAGAUCGCAGGAAGAGUGUCAGCAGACUUGGUACCAUGAAGGCCCGGUCUCCCUCAAAGAUGCACGUCUUUGGUUGGCCCGUUACUCUCUGCCCAGGGCGAUGAGGCGUCUGGAGGCGGCCCGGGCCCAGAAGGAUAUGUGCGAGGCAGCCAGGACCAUCCGGCAACAGGAGUUACACAAGAGUCUGAGAAACUUGAACAACUUCUGCAGUCAAAUCGGUGACGAUAGGCCAAUCAGCUUCUGCCACUUCAGUCCCGACUCCAAAAUGCUGGCCACCGCCUCCUGGAGUGGUUUGUGUAAACUGUGGUCUGUCCCUGACUGCACCCUGAUUCGCACACUAAGAGGUCACAACACCAACGUGGGAGCAGUGGUCUUCCGUCCGCAGGCCGGCAUGUCUCUUGACCAAUCAGAUGUCAGUUUGGCCUCAUGUGCUGCAGAUGGAUCAGUGAAGCUUUGGAACCUGGACAGCGAUGAGCCAGUGGCAGACAUCGAGGGCCACAGUGAGCGAGUGUCUCGAGUGUGCUGGCAUCCAUCUGGGAGGUUCCUGGGAACUACAUGCUAUGACCAUUCAUGGCGUCUUUGGGAUCUGGAGGUUCAGGAGGAGAUUCUUCAUCAAGAAGGUCACAGUAAAGGAGUUCAUGACCUCCAUUUUCAUCCCGAUGGAUCACUGGCUGCUACUGGUGGCCUGGAUGCCUUUGGAAGAGUUUGGGAUCUUCGCACAGGACGCUGUGUUGUUUUCCUUGAAGGACACCUGAAAGAAAUCUACAGCCUGCACUUCUCACCUAAUGGUUACCAUCUGGCAACAGGAAGUGGCGACAACACCUGUAAGGUUUGGGAUCUGAGGAACAGGAAGUGUCUUUACACAGUCCCUGCCCACCAGAACCUGUUGUCAGGUGUCAGAUUUCAGCCCACAGAUGGCCACUUCCUGUUGACAUGCGCAUAUGACAACAUGGCGAAGGUUUGGAGUCAUCCUGGUUGGAUGCCACUGAAGACACUGGCAGGACAUGAGGGAAAGGUGAUGGGCGUGGACGUGUCACCUGACGGGAAACUGAUUGCCACAUGCUCCUAUGACAGAACUUUUAAACUCUGGUUGUCUGAGUGAUUUCAUCUCAUUGGCUUUUUUUAAUAAAA